AUGCCAUCAAAUUUUGGGAUUUCCGUUUACUGGCCAUUUUUAGGCGGCGAAAAAAAUGAUAUAUUUUUUUUUGUCAAUUCUUCAUUGGAUUCAUUGAAUAUUAUUACAUUUGACACUAGGUUAGGUAUAUGGACAACGAAUCUUAGUUUUACAGGACAAUCUAACAAAUAUUAUUUUAAUUUAUAUCCUUGGAUUUCUAAUAACUAUACUGGAAAGGCAUAUUCAUUACAAUUUAGUGUUGUAGAUAUUUUUGAUAUAAUUAAUUUCAUAUGGUCAAAUAGUACAAAAAUUCCACUAGAACAUAGCCUUUAUGACAGAUCAGCUACAUUUGGUUCUCCUCAAGUUUUAAUGCCGAAUAAUAAAAUAUUAUAUUUUCCUGAAUCUUUAAUUAAUGAUAAUACCACAACAUUAAUGGCCAGUAUAUUGGUAUACGAUACUAUAACAAAUUCAUGGCAAAUUACUAAUACUAGUGGUGCAAUACCCAAUCAUCGUACUGAUUAUAGUGCUGUUUUAACUUCAGAUGGACGAAUUAUUAUAUAUGGUGGAACAAGCAAAUUCAUAGCGGCUACUCCAUCUUUAGCAGUUCUAAACACGUCUAGUUAUGAAUGGUCAGUACCAUCAGAAAUAAAUCAUGUUGGACCAUUAACAAGUCAUGCAUCAAUUAUGGUUAAGAAUUAUAUGAUUGUAGCAUUUGGCACAAAUGCGACAAAUAAUCAAAGCAAUAAUUGUAUUUACAAAUUGGAUAUAUCAGAUCCAUUAAGAUAUAAAUGGUCAUUAUUUUCCAAUGACACCAAUAACUUUGCUUUGCCAAAAGUUAAUUCAACAACUUUCCCAACAUCUAGCAAUUCUCAAGAUAAUUCUAUCCCAAGUCAUUUAUUUUUUGGAAUUGGUGUUGGUGUUGGGAUAGGGAUAAUUGUAAUUUUAUCUUUUGCUGGGUUUUUGUUGUACAAAAAAAAGUUUAAAAAUGUGUCUGAAAAUUAUAUUCCAACACCUGGCAGUGCUUAA